UGGGGUUUUAAGGAUUUCUUUCUUUCUUUCAUUGUGGGCUAAAACCCAUCAUCCCUCAACAACAACAACAAAAAAAUCAAUUAAAAGUCAGUUGACAUGAACAUGAGGCGGUGGUGUCGGCUGCUAAAAUCUGGUCGCCAAUUUCAUAGUUCAAGCAGUCAAAAACCCUUUAAACCACCUCCAUUUCCCCCUCAAAGAAGAGUUGUUGUCACUGGAUUAGGAAUGGUUACACCAUUGGGCUGUGGAGUGGAAACUACAUGGAACCGGUUAAUCAAAGGGGAAAGUGGAAUCAGGGCUUUAUCUAUUGAGGACCUAAAAAUGAGUGGAUUUGAUCAAGAUACUCAGUUGUACACAUUUGAUCAGUUGACUUCUAAAGUGGCUGCUGUUGUACCUUGUGGUACUAAUCCUGGCGAGUUUAACGAGUCACAAUGGCUCGAUUCUAAGCAUGGUAAAUCAAUUGCAAGGUUUAUAAGCUAUGCACUGUGUGCUGCAGAUGAAGCACUUAGAGAUGCAAACUGGAUACCCGCUAAGCAGGAGGACAAGGAGAAAACCGGAGUUUCUAUAGGUGGAGGAAUCGGAAGCAUCAGUGAUAUACUUGAUGCGUCACAGUUGAUCUGUGAUAAGAGACUCCGUCGUCUUAGUCCUUUUUUCGUUCCUCGGAUAUUGAUCAAUAUGGCAGCUGGUCAUGUUAGCAUGAAGUAUGGCUUCCAGGGACCGAAUCAUGCUGCAGUGACAGCUUGUGCCACAGGGGCUAAUUCGAUCGGUGAUGCAGCAAGAAUGAUUCAGUUUGGUGAUGCAGAUGUAAUGGUGGCUGGAGGAACAGAGGCCAGCAUUGACGCUUUAUCUAUAGCAGGAUUUUGCAGGUCAAGGGCGCUAUCUACAAAGUACAACUCUACCCCUCAAGAAGCUUCAAGGCCUUUUGAUUGUGAUCGAGAUGGAUUUGUAAUAGGAGAAGGUGCUGGUGUUCUUGUCUUGGAAGAACUGGAACACGCAAAAGAGAGAGGAGCAAAUAUUUAUGCUGAGCUUCGUGGGUAUGGGAUGUCAGGUGAUGCACAUCACAUCACACAACCGCAUGCGGAUGGAAGAGGUGCUAUACUGGCCAUGUCUCGUGCUUUAAAGCAGUCAGGUCUUCGUCCUGAUCAAGUGGACUAUGUGAAUGCUCAUGCUACUUCUACACCUCUGGGUGACACGGUGGAAGCUCAUGCAAUCAAAUCUUUGUUUUCUGAACAUGCAACAUCUGGUGCCUUGGCUUUUUCAUCCACAAAGGGUGCUGUUGGGCAUCUUCUUGGGGCUGCUGGAGCUGUGGAGGCAAUAUUCACAGUUCUUGCCAUACGUAAUGGAAUCGCACCCUUGUCGCUAAAUCUGAGCAACCCAGAUCCCAUUUUCGAAGAAGCAUUCAUGCCUUUGAGUGCUUCAAAGGAGAUGCAAAUCAGAGCAGCCUUAUCAAAUGCUUUUGGCUUUGGAGGAACAAAUGCAUCACUCUUGUUUGCAAGUUUGUAGGAAGAAAUAUUGUAUUGUUAGUUGUAAUCAAUUUUGACUACUAAACACUUUUUUGUUGAAAUCUUGAUUCUUUAAAGAUAAUUUCUUUUACAAUA